GGAACCACACAAACGUGGUCACCCUUGUAUUUUCUAUUAUAUCUUAGUUAUCUAAACCUUUUUGUUAUGGAUGCAGACGAGGGUGAUGAAGAGGAAAAGCGGAGCAGUGACAACACAGAGCGAGACGCGGAUGAAGAAGAGGGAGAUGAAGACGGGAGGGGGGCAGAUGAGACAGAGAUGUUCGAAGACUGCUUGAAGGACAUUCUCGCGACACUCACGAGGCUGAUGACGAGGACGGGGGGAGCAGUGAUGACACAGCGCAGGACGAGGGCGGUGAUGGGGCAGACGAAGACGAGAGGGAACCCGAACAUUGAGCUGGCAUGGACCCGGGACAGCGAGCACCGCGUCGUGAAUGAAGAUGUGGAGCUACUUAUUAUCCAAGCUUGGAGGACCGAAGUGGAAGGAGACCUGCGAGGAUUCGUCUUUGGAACAAUGGCACCAGGGCAUCGACAGACGAUCGUAGGGGAACUUUUAAUCCCCUUCACGCAACUGCUAGACGACCUGCCGAUCGACAUCAUCUCGCACAGCGACGAGAAUCCGGUGCCGCACAUUCUAUCGCGGAGUUUGACGCCGUACCUGCAAUGGUCGGCUUGUCAGGAGGAUCAAUGGGGGAACGGUAGCUCCCCGUCAGGCGCAGAGUACCUAAAUCCCAGGGGGAUAACUGACGUUCACUUCUUCCAACUCAAAACGAAGUCGGGAGAGGAAGCGGAAGAAGAAGAAGAAGAAGCGGAAGAAGAGGAGGAGGAGAAAACCUUUGAAGAAGAGGAAAGCUACAGUGCGUAUAGCGAGCACGAAUCGGGGGCGGUGAGUGAAGAAAGCGAAGAGAGCGAAGAAGGCGAAGAAGAAGAACAAGACGGGGCGAGUGCAGAAGAAGGGGCGGACCAAGCGGAAACACAAGAGGACGAUCCUGCGGCUGAGCAAUGGAGGGCGGAGAUAGCGGAAGGAAAGCGGCCCUUAGAGCAGUCGGUCGAAGUAGAUCUGCCUAUCCCGGACCAUCCGACUAGAGAUCUCGAGUCGCCGAAGGAAGAAGUUGAGCUCCCUCAUGCAGAGGCAUCGGGCACGCCGGCGCAGAGGCGGUGAAGCCGCUCCCCCUCCCCUUCCCCUUCCCCCCGUCCCCCAGUUCGAGAACGUC